UUCUGCUCUUUUAUAUAGCACCCACAAAAGGCACUUUUAAGAGCCACAUCUGUUUUAUCUGUUUAUCAUCUUUGUGUCCUUAAUUUGUCUAUUCUUAACUUGUCAACAGUUCUGUCUGUCUGUCCUUCACCAUGAGCGUCUCAAACAUCUCUGAUCCAUUAAUGGACCUAGAAACUGAGAUACAAAAGCAAAAAAUAAAUCUAGAGCUUCAACAACUUGAUGACUUGCUUGUUGAGCUGAAGAAAAAUCAUCAAGUACCUAUGAAGAUACCUGAACCAACAGUAAGGUGGAGAAAAAGGGAUAAAGAUGGUAACAAACUUUAUAAAAGGGCAAGAUCAACAAGAAAUCAAUUACCUAAGACGUCCCACAGUGAGAAGACCAGAUGUCCCUCUCAUCCCUCUAACAUUCAGUGUGAGGCUGCCUUUGCUCCAGAGACUGUUGAAUUCCAGAGUUCGCUGAAUGAUGCUGCAGGUCAACCACUAGUGCCAAACGUUCCUCUGGCGUCCACUAACUGGAGCACAAGAAAAAGCAUAUUUUCAGAGAGUUGGAAAGCAGAAAGACCCCGCCUGGUUAACACCUUAGCAGCUCAGCACAGUGUGUCAGCCCCUUUUUGCCAACAAUGUGGAAAAAAUCCAUCUGCACUUCGGUGUCGUGAUUGCCUACCACACCCCUUCUUUUGUGAAAAAUGUGAUGUGAUGAUGCACACCAGACAUGUCUUCCACAACAGAGAAACCAUCAUAGCUGGGUUUUUCCAGCCAUUACCUCCAACUACCUAUGUUUUAAAUACAACUCUUUGCAAUGAUGCACGAUUCGUACCUGUGGAGAUCCCAGUUAGAAUUUGUGAUUGUCCAUCAGAGUGUUUGAGGACCAAACCAGGAAAGGCAGUCACUGUGGUCACAAUCAAUGGUCGUUAUGAUCUCAGCAUGCCAGAGCUGGGUUGUGAGGGAUGUGAGGCUAGUUGGACAUGUGGAGUACAUGACCUAAAUUUAACUGAGUACUGGCCAGCUACCCUUCACUUUUCCACUCUAUAUGCAACUGAUGUGCUUUUUACAUUUGAAGAAAAGAAGAUUGCAGCACCAGGUCUCUCCUGUCAAGCAUUUCUAAAAAUGUUGGACCAACGAACCAUCCGCUUUGGCCGUACAGGAAAGAUCUCGGCUGACAGCUUCCUGAAAAGUUUUUUCGAGUGGGAAGCUGUAAGACAUGAGUUAGAUAAGAUGUUAAAGAAGGAUCCCUUCAAAUGUCAAGCUGGUACCCCAGAUAUGCUUGCACUUUCAGUGGAUGGAAACCACAAGCAUCACCGUUUCAAGAAUGCAGCAGGAUCGGAGCCAGCUGAGAGAGAGCUGACUAUCAAGAGGAGCUCAGAGGAGGAAACACAGCAGAGUGUGUGUUCACCAGCAGAAGACAGCCAAUCAGAGACAGACAACAGAUCAUAGAACAAACCUGCAAACAAGGACUGACAAACAUGCUGAUGUGCCAAUAGGAUGGUUAUUCAUUUAUUUCUUUACUGAUGGCCUUAUGUGGAUAAAUUGAUGUUUUUCACUUUUCUGUAUUUUUUUUAAAGAGAUUGUUCUUGAAGUGUUUUUUUUAUUUGUCCCCUUUGUUUAUACAGUGAAGACCAGUGCUUCAGGUGUUCUACAUUACUGUACCAUGCAGCCUUAUUGCAAAAUGGAUAAUAUUCUGUUUUCAAUCUCAAAACUCUGCACAUAACACCCCAUAAAGAUAUCAUUAAAAAAUGCUGAUGUGCCAAUA